UCGCUGCACGGUUGGGGCGGCACCGGCAAGAACCUCCUCAGCCAGAUCCUCGCCGAGCACCUGCACCCCGCCGGGCUGCGCAGCAAGUUCGUCCACCUCUUCCUGGCCACGCUGCACUUCCCCCACCAGCACCAGGUCAAGCUCUACCAGGAGCAACUCCAGAAAUGGAUCCAGGGCAAUGUCAGUGCCUGUCCCCACUCUGUCUUCAUUUUUGAUGAGAUGGACAAAUUGCACCCAGGCCUCAUCGAUGCCAUCAAGCCAUUUUUAGAUUAUUAUGAGCAGGUUAAUGGGGUGUCUUACCGGAAAGCUAUCUUCAUCUUCCUCAGCAAUGCAGGUGCAAAUUUAAUUAAUAAAGUGGCUCUUGAUUUCUGGAGGAGUGGAAAGCAGAGGGAAGAGAUUCAGCUGAAAGACCUGGAGCCAGUGCUUUCUGUAGGAGUCUUCAAUAACAAGAAUAGUGGUCUGUGGCACAGCAGCCUCAUUGACAGGAACCUCAUUGACUACUUUGUUCCCUUCCUGCCCCUGGAGCACAAGCAUGUGAAGAUGUGCAUCAGGGCUGAAAUGAUAUCCCAUGGCCGUGCUGUCGAUGAAAAGGUGGUUGAAGUGGUGACUGAUGAGAUGACGUUCUUCCCAAAAGAGGAGAGAAUCUACUCUGAUAAAGGCUGCAAGACUGUACAGGCCAAGCUGAAUUUUCACUGGGACACUGUGAUGAGAGAUACAGAAGCUGAGAGUUGAUUAGCCUUUACCUCUCCAAAGCACUUUCAGAGUUUGUUGCCAUUUGUAUGUAUGCAUUUAGGUGAAAAUCCAGAGUGAGCUGUAUGAGCUUCUUAUUUUUUUUAUUGAUUUUUAAAUUCCCUUGCUCAUCUCUGAACUGGCAGGUAUCCAAAUGUUGCCUAUCCUUCUCGAAAAUUUCUCGGCAGAGCAUAUAUAGAGCUGGAUACAGCCUCUCCCACUUUGUUCUCCUAAGUGCUGGGAUUAUUAAAUAUUUCAUUUCCCUUCCACAGAAAGUCUAGACUAGAGCAAAGGAAUUCCUCCAGGCAGCUAUACUCCCCUCCUUGUAUGUGGAGGGUCUAGUUCACGGGCCAGUGAAAUCAAAGGUGGUGUAGUGCGUUUAGGCCUACAGUAGUGUCUGCAAGGGUAAAUUCCUUGAUGCGUUGCCCCUAAGAAGCUGUUAUGUUA